AUGCAUCUGUCUACCAUCGUUUCCAGCUUCGUGCUUGCUGCCGUCGUUGCAGCUUCCCCGACUCCCAUCCCAUCGGAGCAGUCAGCUGGUGGAUGUCCCGUCGGCGUCCCUGCCUUUAACGGAGGCGGUGGUUUCGUUCAAGGCCCUGUCGUCUUCAGCCAACAAGGAUCUUUCAGCAGCUUUUCAUCCUUCACCAGCAGUAUGAAUGUCUUUUCUACCGCUUGUACCAGCACUGUCUCGGCCUGGCAGGGUAUUUCAUCAAUCCAGAUCAUCCACCAACAGUUCCAAUACAUGAUCGUCAGUAUGUCCACCCUGUUUGCUUCUUUCCAAACCGGAUGUAACAUUUGCAACCCCGGACAAUCAAUCGCGUUCACUCAAACUGUCACCCAAGUCAUCAUUCAAGUCCAAUCAAUGGUCUCGUUCAUCUACACCCAGUUUGGUGGUCAAAUCGUUGUUUUCCAACAGGAAUUCUCGAUCUUAUCGCUCUUAUUCCAAACCAUCAUCGGUAUCGGUGCCACCUUGAACGUCAACAUGCAACAACUUUUCAUCACUAACCAAUUCAACUUCCAAUUGUUCAACUCUUGCGGUAUUCAAACCAACGCUUGGUUCCAAACCGGAGGUGUCAUCUUCCCCCCACAACACGUCGGACUUCUUGCUCAGCUUCUAAGCCCUGUCCUUCUAGCCAUCCGUCCUGUUCUCAACGGUGUUGGAGACCUCUUGACUGGACUCGGUGUUGGUGUUUCAAACCUUUUAGGUAACCUCCUCUAA